GAGCAAUUUGUUGCAGUAUCAAUGAGAAGCAUUGCAUAAACUCUUUCAUGUGACAGGAUUGUCAAAGUUUCUGAAGGUUGAAAAUGAAUCAGAUGGCACAAAAUGGAAUAGACCUGGCCACUGAAGAAAGACUUUUGGCAGACAAUAUGGAACCCAAAGAACCUAAGCGCGAAAACCUUGAAAAUCACCAAAAACUAUUAGAUUAUGGAAUUAGUGCAAAAAUUGCUGAUGAAGUUCUGAACAUUUAUGAAUCAGACAAACUCAACCACAGUGAACUUGAUGAAAGAGCGCUGGAUGCUCUGAAGGAAUUCAACCCAGAUGAUGGUGUUGCAGUUCUUAAACAGUUCAGUGAAAGUUGUCUGGAACAUGUCGCUAACAAAAGUGCAUUUUUAUGUGGAAUGAUGAAAACUUAUCGCCAGAAUAAAAAGCAAGGAUCAUCAGCAGCAACAGCAGCAAAAGGACCAGAUGAACAAAAAUUAAAAGAAAUUUUGGCCAGGACGGGGUACUCAUUAGAUGUCACCACUGGACAAAGAAAAUAUGGUGGCCCCCCUCCUGGUUUAGAAGAAAACUCCACACCACCUGGAUCUGGGCAUGAGAUCUUUGUUGGAAAAAUCCCCAAAGAUGUCUUUGAAGAUGAACUUAUACCUCUGUUUGAAGAAUGUGGAAGAAUAUGGGACUUGCGUCUCAUGAUGGACCCCAUGACUGGAACCAACAGGGGGUACUGCUUUGUGACAUACUGUGAAAAAUCUGGAGCUCAGGAAGCUGUCAACAAGCUUGACAACCAUGCAAUUAAAGAUGGAAAACACAUUAAAGUGAAUAUUUCUGUUGCCAACCAGAGAUUAUUUGUUGGUAGCAUCCCAAAGAACAAGUCAAGAGAUGAGAUAUUUGAAGAAUUCUCUAGUAAAACAGAGGGUCUCACUGAUGUCAUCAUAUACAGAUCUGCUGAAAAGGAAAAUCAAAAGAACCGAGGAUUUGCCUUCCUGGAAUUUGAUUCACAUAAGUCGGCCUCUCUGGCAAAGAGACGUCUAGCUUCAGGCAGGGUCAAGGUGUGGGGAUCUGCUGUUGUUGUUGACUGGGCAGAUCCUAUUGAUGAGCCAGAUGAUGAGACCAUGGCAAAGGUGAAGGUACUAUAUGUGAGGAAUAUCUCCAGUGAUGUCACAGAAGAACUACUCAAGGAAAAAUUUGGGGACUUUGGCAAAAUUGAACGUGUAAAGAAAAUCAAGGAUUAUGGAUUUAUCCACUAUGAGGAAAGAGAGGAUGCCGUUAAAGCUCAGGAAGCCAUGAAUGGCCAGAAAGUUGGAAAACUUGAAAUAGAAGUGUCCAUGGCAAAGCCACCCAUAGAGAACAAGAAGAAAGAACACCGAAAACGUGACCAAGAGAGAAGGCAAAUGUUUAUGGCCAUGGGAAGAGGUGGCUAUUACGGGUAUGAUGAUUACUGGGGUCCACCAAUGAGGCCACCCAUGCACCCAAGGGGAGGAAUGAGGCGCCCAGGUCCACCCAUACCUCCCAGGGGUUAUGAUUAUUAUGAUGAUUACUAUGGUUAUGAUGAAUUCUACGACUAUGGAUACCAACCAGGCCCAAGAGGAGGACGCGGUGGGCGUGGAGGUCAACCACCAAUGCGAGGUCGAGGAGGCGCACCACCACGGGGUGGUGGUCCUAGAGGUGGCAUGAUUCCGCGGGGAGCAAGAGGAGCUAUGCGAGGGCCUAGGGGAAUGAUGCGGGGCCGUGGUGGUGCUGGUGGACCCCCACAGGUUCCUUUUAGAGGCGGGAAAAGAAAAGCAGGAAAUGAAAUGGGACAAUCGCAAACAAAACGACGCAAUACACAAGAUAAUUGGGGAGCCCAGCCCAUCGCACAGCAACCUCUUGAUCAAUCGGGCGGUUAUGGUGGGGACUACAAUGACACAGAAUGGUACCAGGACUCAUAUGGGCAAAAUUGGGGUUGAGCAGAUAGCUUAACAACUGCUAAAUUAUCUUCAGUUCUUGUUCAGUGGUGUAAAACUAGUGUGUUCAAUACGAAAGAAUGAAAUUCGGGAAGUUCUUAUUGUAAUGCAACGUUCCUGAAGUUAGGAAUGAAUUUGCAGUUAACAAUAGAACGGAGGUUGGUAGAUAGUAUCUGCUAUAAGUGGACACCUGCCUUGUUUACCAAGUUCUGGAAAUCUGACCGCUGGAUACCAAAGAGCAGGGCCGUCCAUUCCAUUCAUUCGGACUGGACGUACGGGGCCAGGGAAUAACCCCGAAUACAGCUGGCAUCCAGCAUGCGGCAGCAGUUCAUGAUCACCACAGCAACAUUUUUAAUGAUUAGAAUUUUUAAUUCAUUCAUUGUGGGAGUUAACAUCAAAACGUGAAUUUUUUUUUUUUUUUUUAGACAAUCGUUUGAAAUUUUUUGUUGUCAUUUUGUGUUCUUGGUCUGUGUCAUUGUUGUCAUCCUUCAUCAUCAAUCAUGAAUAAAAUCGGACACUUUUA